UACUUAUAUUCCUGCUGACGACUACCAGAAAAGACCCUCGCUUAACAAUUCAAUCAAUGUCGAACGAAGUCCCAGAGAAACAACCGUGCGACACGGCGGAGCAUGACCCGACCAGUGUCGCCGUCGAUGGCGAUGCGGACAACAGCGACACAUCAAAUUCUGCCUUAGCGAAGGGGCUUUCUACUAUAAUUUCUUCUAUAAUCCGGGAAUUUGAUGACAGCGCUGCCGCCACUUCUCGUAGUCAAGAUCAGCUCUCAUCCACUCUCGAUCGUCUCACUGGAGAGCUUGACAAACUGCUGGAAGAUGCCCCAUUGCCUUUUAUUAUGCAGCAUGCUGCUAGAAUUUCUGGUGUUAGGAAAAGAAUUACAUCAUUGAAUUCACUUUUGAAGUCUAUACAAAGGCGUCUUGAUAAUAUCGAUCACACAUUAUCUGCUGGCUUGAUACAUGAGAAGUCAACAGGGGAUGGUGGGCGAGACCAUGAGAACCAUAACAGUCUUCAUUGACGAGUGUUUUGGUGCUGCAAUUCUUUGGUGUGCAAAUCAUUUGCAAGUUGGUGCAUUGCAUUAUUAAAUUCAUGAUCAAGAUCCUGGAGAAGAUUCAAAUCGCUUUCUCAGUGCCAGUAAAAUCUCCUUUUGAUUGCAAGCAUUUGUAACUGAUUCAGCGUACGAAAUGUGCAUUUCCAGCUUGUGCCAGAGUGUGUCCGAGUUGCCCAGGAAAGGGAAACAUGGAAAAUAUGUGGCAACUGGUUAGCAGCUCAGCUAAGUGUAGGCCUGUAGGUGCAAUUUGAAGGGUGUAUCUUUUCUGAAACUUAUUCAUAUAUUCUGCUCUUAAAGGUAUUGUUAACUGUUUUGCAUUACAUUGGAUGUGUUCUUUUGUUUUACAACAACAAAGUUAAGUGUAUAAUGUGUAUCUAGAAGAGUUUGGAUAUCUUAAUUUAUUUAA